AUGGCUGUGAGCAUGGACGAUGACGUGCCCCUCAUCCUCACCCUGGACGACGGUGGCGGCAGCACCUCAGCCCCUCUAGAUGCCCCGGAUCGGGAGGAGCUGCCUAAUGAAAAUGGAGGAAGCUACGCCGUUGGUAACGAUGCCUCCAGCCCUGCUGCGGGGGACUGCUCCACCCGGCACAACUGGGAGAUGAACUACCAAGAGGCAGCAAUCUACCUCCAGGAAGGAGAAAAUAACGAUAAGUUCUUCACUCACCCCAAAAAUGCCAAAGCACUUGCUGCCUACCUCUUUGCACAUAAUCACCUCUUCUACCUAAUGGAGCUGAGUACAGCACUGCUGCUCCUGUUGCUGUCCCUCUGCGAGGCACCAGCCGUCCCUAUGCUCCGUCUUGGCAUCUUUGUCCAUGCAACCCUGGAGCUGUUCGCAUUAAUCGUGGUAGUCUUUGAACUCUCGAUGAAGAUGAGGUGGCUGGGCUUCCAAACCUUUAUCAGGCACAAAAGGACUAUGGUGAAGACUUGCGUGCUGUUUGUGCAGUUCAUAGAGGCCAUCGUGGUGCUGGUGCGCCAGACCUCGCACGUCCGCAUAACCAGAGCUCUGCGCUGCAUCUUCUUGGUGGACUGCCGGUACUGUGGGGCCGUCAGGAGAAAUCUGCGCCAGAUCUUCCAGUCCCUCCCACCAUUUAUUGACAUUCUUCUCCUCCUGCUUUUCUUCAUGGUGAUUUUUGCUAUCCUGGGUUUUUACUUGUUUUCUCCUAACCACUCGGAUCCGUACUUCAAUACUGUAGAGAACAGCCUUGUGAAUCUCUUUGUGCUUUUGACCACUUCCAAUUUCCCUGAUGUGAUGAUGCCAUCUUACGCCCAGAACCCCUGGUCCUGUGUCUUCUUCAUCGUGUAUCUCUCCAUUGAGCUGUACUUCAUCAUGAACUUGCUCCUCGCUGUCGUGUUUGACACUUUCAAUGACAUUGAGAAGAAGAAGUUUAAGUCCCUGCUGCUGCACAAGCGCACGGCCAUACAGCACGCCUACCGUCUGCUGAUCACCAAACAGAGGCCCUCUGGAGUUUCCUUCAAGCACUUCGAAGGGCUGCUGCGGUUCUACAAGCCUCGGAUGUGUGCCAGGGAGAGAUAUCUCACUUUCAAAGCACUGAAUCAAAGCAAUACUCCUUUAGUCAGUCUAAAGGAUUUUUACAAUUUCUAUGAAGUUGUUGGCUUAAAAUGGAAGGCCAAGCGAAAUCGUGAGCACUGGUUUGAUGACCUUCCACGGACAGCAUUCCUUAUUUUUAAAGGUAUCAACAUCCUGGUGAAGUCCCGCACGUUCCAGUACACCAUGUAUACUGUGGUGGCUGUGAAUGGAAUUUGGAUUCUUGUUGAAACCUUCAUGCUGCAAGGAGGGAAUUUCUUCUCCAGAAAUGUCCCGUGGAGCUACAUAGUCUUCCUCACAAUCUAUGGUGUGGAGCUGCUCCUGAAGACCACUGGACUGGGGCCUGUCGAGUACCUGUCCUCAGGCUGGAAUCUCUUUGACUUCUCAGUUACCCUGUUUGCAUUUUUGGGGCUCAUGGCACUGGCAUUUAACAUGGAGCCAUUCUACUUCAUCGUGGUCUUGCGACCACUUCAGCUGCUGAGGCUGUUUAAACUGAAGAAACGUUACAGAAAUGUCCUGGACACUAUGUUUGAGCUGUUCCCCCGGAUGGCCAGCCUGGGUUUGACCCUGUUGAUCUUCUACUAUUGCUUUGCCAUUGUUGGCAUGGAGUUCUUUGCUGGCGUGGUCUACCCGAACUGCUGCAACACCAGCACAGUCGCCGACUCCUACCGCUGGGUCAAUCGUACAGUUGGCAACAAGACAGUGGUGGAGGAAGGUUAUUACUAUCUCAACAACUUCGACAACAUCUUGAACAGCUUUGUCACACUGUUUGAGCUGACCGUUGUCAAUGACUGGUACAUCAUCAUGGAAGGGGUGACAUCCCAAACCACUCACUGGAGCCGUCUUUACUUCAUGAUCUUCUAUAUUGUGACCAUGGUGGUGAUGACCAUCAUCGUGGCUUUUAUUCUGGACGCUUUUGUCUUCCGCAUGAACUACACUCGGAAGAACCAAGAUUCAGAAGAAGACAAUGGCAUUGUGCUGGAGAAGGAGAUCUCCAAGGAGGAAGUGGUGGGCAUCAUCGAGCUGUACAGGCGGAGUUCAGCUACCGCUGAAACCGCUCAGCUGCAGAAGAUGGUUCUGCAGAUGGACAAAUAUGGGCAAAUGUCAACAGUGUUUCUGGGACGCAGAUCAAGGACCAAGAGUGAUUUGAGCAUGAAGAUGUACGAGGAGGAGAUACAGGAAUGGUAUGAGGAGCAUUCCCGAAAAGAGGAAUCUCAGGCACCACUGCAGGAGCCUGCAUCUGCUUCCAGCAGCUCUCUGAAGCCCCCGAGCCUCCGGCAGCACUCCCAGACUGUCAUUUAG